UAACGUGAUACUGUGCUCGUGCAGCAGCAGACAGUUCAGAGCCUACUUCCGCCUGUCUUUAUUUGCAGAAUGUGUGUAAAGAAGACGAUUUAAAACAUUUGUUAUUAUUCUGAAACGUUGGCUGUUCGUUUUGUUUUGCCAUAUCAAUGGAGCAAAACAACGCCAACAGCCAAAACUGGUCAGUGCAGCAGCAGCGGCGUGUCGAAGGACUGGUAAAUAAACACAUGGCAGACAUAGCAUUAGAGACGCUCCAACACAGGCUUUCUCUCGUGUCCGAGGAGAUGAACCACUUAUCAAACGAGCUUUCAAGGCGCGACGAUGUCCUGAAACGGGCGGAGGAUGUCCCACGUCGCUCAGACCUAAAUUUCAAUGUGGAGCCUCCUCUGGCUGACGCCUACACGAGUUCUAGCACAGGGGGCGCAGGAGAAAAGUUACUACCGACUGUCUCCAACGCAGAAACAGCAGCGCAGCGAAAAAUCAUCAGUCUUUUGGUGGAGAUCAAGGAGGAGCAGCAGCGGCAAUGGGUUGUGCUGAAGGAGCUGCAGGCUAAAGUUCAAGGGCAGGCGCCGUGUGAAGAGGAGGAGGAGGAGGCGCUGGACUUGGACCUGCCGCUCCGCACCAUGGAACAGCUGGAUCAGGCAGAGAGACAACUGGAGGACGCUGCGGCUCAAAAGAGAAUGGUGUCGCACCUGUCUCGGAUGGGCGGGGCCACGGUGGACGACGCGGUGCGGCGUCUGAUGCAGGCGGUGCUGUCCUUCGCCGUGGGCUCCGAGCUCAACUGGGUCGGCCGCGGACAGAAGAGGAGCUUCCGGAACACCCGACUACAGGGCGUGCUCUUCCGUGCUUUGAAGAAGACGCCGGUGGGGAGGGAGGCGACGCAUCACCAGUUUGCCGACGUGGUGAAGAAGUGGCUUCGGUUCGCUCCCUUCCGGCAGGGCGGCACGGGCCGACGACACCAUAGCAACAAGCCCGCAGCGGAGUACACAACAUGUCCCCCGUUCACCACGGCAACCGAGACAGACACCCUCAGCCACCACCACAACCACAACCAUGACCACAUCAACCCAGAGGCCAAAGAAUUAAAGCUAUUUUAAGGGAAAUGUUUAUUUUAUAUAUACUGUAUAUGAUGGCCUAAGCCGAUGUGUUUUCCUCCCUCUCAAAAAGUAAGCAACAUAGAGAGGAGAGACAUGCCUUGGGUCUGUUGGCGUCGUGGCCCAAUUGUUAAAGCACUUCUCAUUGACCUGAAUACAUCACAUUACAUUACAUUACAUUACAUUGCACUUAGCUGACUCUUUCAUUUUAUUCAAAGCAACUUACAACUAUUAUUUUUCAGGGUAUUGGUAACAAUCCCUGGAGCAAUGUGGGGCUAGAUGCCUUGCUCAAGGGCACUUCAGCCAUGGAUGGAGAUGUAGGGAGAAGUCAGGGGGGAUUCGAACCCCUAGACUGAAAGACCAACUCUCUAACCACUAGGCCACGGCUGCCCCACUAGGCCACGGCUGCCCCACUAGGCCACGGCUGUUCUGUCUAGUUUUGGAACUGUGUCCUGAUUCAUUUGGAUGACCUUAG